AAGUUGCCUGGCUUCUUCCGUGCACUGUGUGCUGCGGGCUCUUCGCGCCUGCGUAGUGGGCCCCCCUCCCUUUCUGUCUCCUCUGCCGCCAUGGCGCCUGUGAAAAAGCUUGUGGCGAAAGGGGGCAAAAAAAAGAAGCAGGUUUUGAAGUUCACCCUCGAUUGUACUCACCCUGUAGAAGAUGGAAUCAUGGAUGCUGCCAAUUUUGAGCAGUUCCUCCAGGAGAGAAUCAAGGUGAAUGGCAAAGCUGGCAAUCUCGGCGGAGGGGUCGUCACCAUCGAGCGCAGCAAGAGUAAGAUCACUGUCACUUCCGAGGUGCCUUUCUCCAAAAGGUAUUUGAAAUAUCUCACCAAAAAGUAUCUGAAGAAGAACAACCUCCGAGACUGGCUGCGCGUUGUGGCCAACAGCAAGGAGAGCUACGAGCUGCGCUACUUCCAGAUCAACCAGGAUGAGGAGGAGGACGACGAUGAGGAUUAGCGCAUUGGGCUGCAAUGUUUUGUAUUAAUUCAUAAAUAAAAUUUAGGAACAAAACCCGGUGGUUUAUCCUUGCAUCUCUGCAGUGUGGACUGGACAGGAGGCUGGAGAAGACGGGACGGGCAGCCGCUCACUUGUAUAUAGACACUUCCUGCUCAGUUCUCCAGUAGCAGUGCCCAAACCGCAGACCCAGGCUGAGGGGCCGCAUCUGACGAGAGGCUGGGUGGGGACACCGGCCAGCCCAAGCCUUAGAGAGAGAGAGAGCCUGGUGGUCGGUUAUGUCUGGUGCCUGUCUCAAAAGGCUCAAGUUACAGUGUGGUGCUCCUCAGUAGAAGCAAACAGGUGAUUUCUUUAUGUGUGUGUGUGUGUGGUCUUUUUUCUUUUUUCUUUUUUUUUUUUUCCUCCUUUUUUUCUGGGACAAUGGCAUGGCAUCUAAUAAGACAGGUUUCAGAGACUUUUGUCUCCAGGUCUGAAUACAAGUUGCUCCCAGUUAUGUGUACUAACCUCCUUCCUUCCUGUUGAAGUAAGAAGGGGUCUUUCGGUAUCACGCUGCAUGUUCUGCCCUUGAUAAAGGAUCUGUGAGUACGCUGGGCCUCCGUGCUUUUAGGAGGCUCCAUAGGGUAUCUGAGCCAGAGGGCAACGGGGAAAUCAAACAAAUUCAAACAAAGCCGGGGCCUGGUGCGAGUCUCUGCCUUCAGCAGAGGGCGAGGAGGACAGCUCCCAGAUGUUCCCAGUAGGGGGAGCCCGUCCAAGCCUAGGGCACAGGAGGCUUGCAGGGAGGGGGGCUCCAGCACUGGUGGGGGAGGGGGCUUUUGACAGGAAGGUGGGGAAAUUUCUGUCACAACUGGACUUUGAUAGGAGUCUUAGACGGGGUCGCAGCCCAGGGGUAGAGCUCUCGCCUAAGGUGCUCCAUCACUGGCUGGGUGUACCCACAGGGUACCAGCCCCGUGGGGUACUCUUGCCACUGUGUGACUGGGGAACAGGCAGGCAGGAAGAAUCUGAAAGGCGGGAAAGAUCUUUAUCAAGGGUUACCUUGGGAGAGUUCCCCACAGCGUAGGGUGCUCCUCUUGUCAAAAGCUGCAGCUGCAUCUGCUAGCUUUCUAAUAACAGUAUGCAGUGCCUAAAGGGCUCGCCUGCAGCUGCUGGCCGUGCUUGAGGCCUGGACCUCAAGUGUCCAAGGAAACACUGGGAUCGAGCUUAACCUGUUGAGGCUUUGCAAUCCCCCUGUGGCAAAGGCUCUGGUGUUUUCUAUUUCUAUGCAAAUUUCUUGAAGCUGAACUGUUAGAGUCUUUCUCCUCUGUCAUUGGAGUAGGAGGAGACAUUUCCUUCCAACUUCAGGUGCAGGCCCUCGCCCCUUGCUGCCAUUAGUGGUCUGAAGUUUGUGACUUGGGUUUACAGAUCUCAUUUGUUAUGCUGGUGGGCCAUGUGGUUCGGUUCGGCUGUUAAAAAAAAAAAACAAAA